ACCCACCGUCGUCCGGCGAGCAUUUCGCGUGCGCGCGUUCGCCGAUUGUCGAUAUAUUAUUCGUUAUAAUCGUCGAUUCGAAUGGUUUAUUAUUUACGUGUUUUCGCGACGGUAUAACAUUGUUUUUGCUUAUAUUCGCGUCCGUUUACGGCCGUCGGGUUUGCUUAUUUUUUUUUUUAACCGACUCAUCCACUGUACGUCAUGUUUUCGCCUACUCCGUCGCCGAUUUCUCGGACCGUAACCUACAGAAAGAUAACAAAACCGUUAUUGGAACGAAAACGACGUGCUCGCAUCAAUCGGUGCUUGGACGAAUUGAAGGAUCUAAUGUUUUCUGCCUUAGAGGCUGAAGGUGAAAAUGUUGAUAAACUCGAAAAGGCAGAUAUUUUGGAAUUCACUGUCAAACAUCUGCAAAAGAUUACUAGAAGAGAUCCCGUAGAAGAAGCUUAUAAAUUUCAAGAAGGAUUCAGCCACUGCGCCAGCGAAGCGUGCAGUUUCCUGUUGUCGCUGCCCGGCCUGGACUCGGUGGUCGGCCGACGGUUGGUCGAGUACCUGGCCAAAUCGGUGUCGCGCGCGCUCGAGUCUCAACUGCCGGCCGCCGCAGCAGCCGCCACCGCAGCCGCGGCCGCGGCGAUGGCCGCCACCGACAAGCGGCAGGUCGCCAUCACCGCGGGCGGCGACCGGACGCCCGCGCAGCAGCCCGACAACGCGCCGCCGACGCCGCCGCCGUCGGCCGGGACCUCGACGGUGUUCGCGGCCCCGCGCCAGACCGCCGGCCACACCGCCACGGCUGCAGACACCGCGGCCGCCGGCGCCGCCGUCCACUUCGCGGCCAUCGCCGCCGCCUCGCCGACGCUGAAACCCGUCGCCCUGAACGCGUCCAACCGGGGCCCGCCGCACACGGUCGUCAGGCCCAAACCCACCAGGCCCGCGUUCGGCCGGUCGCCGCCGAUUCUGCAGCAAGACGCCGCCGCUGCACUACGACGCGACCCCAUGUGGCGGCCGUGGUGAUAUCGACGCACCGGCGCCGCCAACGAUGCACUGGCGACGACUGCCUGCGCACAAAGUGCAGAAGCGGAUGCACACCGUCAGCCGCCGUUUAUACCCAUUUGACGUUACGCUAUUUUUAUACUGUUCUGCAGACACCAUCGUGUCAAUGUGUGUUUGGGGGAAGGGGGGAAUACACGUGGAGUACGUGCACUCCAACGUUUAUAUGUUUUUUUUUUUUUUUUUUUCCGGAAUUGGGUGGGAAGCGGGUGGCUCGGGAUCUCACGAGUUGCCCCUCCCCGCCAAUUUCCAAUGACAACCCACGUGUCAGAGCCGCAACAGUACUUACGAGUUUCGUGGUUUUUCGUUUAUCCGUUAUUGUAAUACUGUUUCGGGUCUCUCGACAAUCACAUAUUAUAUAAUAUGGUAUUAUUGUACAAUAAGUUUGUCGCAACAACUGUUUUCGAGUCUACUCGGAUAACGUUUCACUAGCUUUUUUUGACUUUUAAGAAUUUUUUUUUUUAUCUGUGGGGGGGGGGGUCGGGAGGAUUUGUUAAAAGUGCGAAGUAUAUAUAUAUUAUGUCGUUUGAUUUGGCGCGAUAUCAUUCGGCAAUUUAUUAUGUUUUCAGCUUUUGUAAAUAUAUACAUUAUUUAUUAUUAUUUGUAUUA